CAUACUUGUAAAACACUAAUCCAUACUUGGACAUCGAAACUAUGGGCUUAAUCCCAUGCAAUAGCUCCCUGAUUUUACAAAAACAUCGACCUGAUUUUUUAAUUAGUCAAAGCAUAAUAUACUUAUCCAAAGAGUGGCAAAAACGUAGCUACACAGAAGCUCCAAGGGUAAAACAGCCCACACAAAAACAUGACUUAGGCCCAAAGCAAAAAAGAAAGGGCUGGAUCCAGCCGGAAUCAGAAUCGGGAAAGUUCGAGCGACACGUCAGCACCAAAAUAUCUGAAAUAUCAGAAAACAAUAUUAAAUAAAUAGAACGCUUCCCCAUAUGUAUACCAGAAAAAGUAAUCGUCUUCUUUGCUACGACGACGACAAGAGGAAUCUUACUACUAGUUACUAUUCUUCGGAUUGCUUCCGGCGCAAGUUUUAAUCCAAACCCCUUCUCGUCUUCUCUUUCUUCGGUUCGAGUUAUACAUGCCGUCGAAGAUUGUUGUCAGGAAAAGGAAACCAAGAGAUGGUGGCACCAGUGUAGCUGCGACACUACAGAAAUGGAGAGAGUACAAUGAGCAGACCGAGGCUGCCUCUUGCAACGACGACGGUGGUCUCAAGCCGAUCCGAAAGGCUCCUCCGAAGGGCUCUAGAAAAGGCUGUAUGAAAGGCAAGGGAGGGCCUGAGAAUUUGAUUUGUAACUACAGGGGAGUUAGACAGAGGACUUGGGGGAAAUGGGUUGCUGAGAUCCGUGAGCCGUGUCGCGGUUCUAGGUUAUGGCUCGGUACGUUUCCUAGCUCUUAUGAAGCUGCGUUGGCUUAUGACGAGGCUGCAAGAGCUUUGUACGGCAAGUCAGCCAGACUCAAUCUUCCCGACAUCUCUACUUCCGGUGGCUCGGUUACUACAUUGUCAAAUGAAUCUGAAGUUUGUGCAGUUGAGGAAACAAAUGUGAGGUCUGGUCUUGUUCAGGUGAAAGAAGAGGAUGUUAGCGAUGAAUAUGUUUUCUUGAAUAGCUCUCAGUGUAUUAAAGAGGAUGUGGAAGAGGAAGUGAGUGUACUUGACUCAGCUGAUGCUUUUGGAAAUGGCAAUGAACAUGAGCCAUGGGACUUUGGUGUGGGCGAGAUGUUUGAUGUAGAUGAGGUGUUGGGUUUUCUAGGAGAGACCAAUGUGUCUGGUCAAGAGACAAUGCAGGGUCAAGAUGAUAGGUCUUCAAACUUCACUUGCCAGAUGCAGUUUCCAGAUGCUAACUUGCUUGGGAGCCUCGACCACAAGGAGACUGCUACUCCUGGAGUUGAUUAUGGAUGUCCAAUAGUGCAGCCGAUUGAAAUGGACAACAGUUGUGUGGAUUUAGACAACAGUUCCACUAUCUUGACAUAAAAGAUCUACGGCCCAGUUACUGAUGAUACUUACUGGUGUUAAUGGUCAGAGGCGUGCUAAAUCUCUACUUUAGUUCAUGUAGGACAAGUUCUAUUAUGAUUCCUUCCUUCUUUUCUGUGAAUACAUAGGAAGUUUCAGUCUUUGGAUACAUAUGAAAGUUUCAAAGUUUUAGUCUUGGAUACAUGCAGAGUUUUCGGUAACAAGCUAUUAAGUCUUUAAUGAUAUUUGAAAUUUGCAUAUUAUUUUGCUUGCUUGCUUCUGUUACUACAUUUACUUAUCUAGUUUUCAUCAUAGCCUAUUGGCGAAUGGAUAUGGACUAAUGUGACAAUGUGUAAUGAAUAUAUUGACUUUUGAGAGUUGGAUUAAAAAAAGGAAAAA